GAGCUUGGUGAACUGAAAUUUAAAGUGUAGGGAAAGAUUUUAUUACAGACAGUUACAACAACUACUCUAAAAUCAUCUUUAUAUUCAAAAUAUGGAAUCAUGGCGUAUUAUAGUAAACCACCAUUCUUAUUUCUGUAGUACGACACCUAAAAAUAAUCCUUAACCUCUCUAUCUCUCUCCCUUAAACAUCACCAGCACCUCCUUCCCAUUCAAUUUCUGAUUCUUUCUCUUUCUCUUACUGUCAGCUAUUCGUACGCCGUAUAACCAUAAAUCUCACCGCUCCUAAUGCUAAUGUGCACUGCUCGUGAUACUGAAACUAGUUUUAAUUCCUCUGAUCAUCAUAUUUAUCUCCUUCCUCCAUUUCUAGUUGACCUCUGCAAAAAAACCAAAACCCUAAAAAUCAUAAGAUGCCUCGUAGAAUCACCCUGUCUCCAUCACCGCCAUUAAAUAUAGCUUCUGAAGGGUUACUUCAACAAGGAUCUCACAAAACCGAAGCUGCUUCUUCUUCUUCGUCGCAUGAUUCUGAUUCGAGUUCGAUUUCGAGUCUUUUGAUAAUAGCGAUUAUCCUAACAGUAGUCUUCUUCGUAUCUGCAUCAUUACAUAUGUUGCUUCGUUAUAUUAAUCGACAUUGUAGAUCAAAUUCGGAAGAAUUUGAAGGAAAAGAAGAUGAACAUGAAGUUACAAGAAGAAUCGAACAUAUUAAUAAUCAAAUUCAUAGCAGAAUAUCAAGCAGGAGAAUAUUACCUGCCGCAGAAGAAGAAGAGAUUAAUCAAAGUAAUCAGAAACUGAUUGAUUCACUUCCUUUGUUUUCAUUUGAUUCCAUUAAAGGGUUAAAAUCAACGACAAAAGAUUCAUCGUCGAUUUUUUAUUGUGCUGUUUGUUUAUCAAAAUUUGAAAGGAAAGAUAAACUUCGAUUAUUACCCAACUGUUGUCAUGCGUUUCAUUCCGAGUGUAUUGAUACGUGGCUUUUAUCUAACCGCACAUGUCCAUUAUGUAGAGCUACUGUACACAUUGAGGAAUCGCAGAAAAUGUUACCAUCAUCAUCUAUUUCGUCAAGAAGAUUAUCUUCUUCUUCUAAUGCUGGUGGUGGUAAUGGCGAUAGUUUCAGAAUAGAAAUUGGUAGCGUAAGUCGUCGAUCAAGAAAUUUAUCAUCUGAGAAUAUUGGUGCUGUACAAAAUGGGCGAUCAAGAUCUUAUUCGAUGGGAUCAUUUGAGUAUUUAGUCGAGGAUGAAUCAGAAGUUAUUCUAAUAUCAUCAGAUCAAAGUAAUUUUGGCGGGAAAAAGGAGGAAGAAACUGACACAGCAGCGGCUAAUGUAGUGGUGAUGGAACGAACAGCGGGAUCUGAACAAUUAGCGGCCGAAGUUGGUAGUGGUGGAAGAGGUUGGUUAUUGGAUUAUGUUGAUAAGAUUGCUUCUUCAACUUCAUCGUCUUUUUUUUCUCGUUCCUUUCGACUAUCCGGGAGAUUCUCCACCGGGAGCAGUCGUCGGUUUGAUGGAGGAGUAACCGGAAAUGAGAGGCGGAUUGAAGAUAGUAUUACCCCCGUGAAUGGUGAUGGGAGCUGGGAUUUGGAGGGAAAUCAUCGAUAUGGUGAAGAAAUUAGCAGUUUCUUUCGGUGGCUCUCAGGGGUAUAAUUGGUACUUCGUAAAGAUAGGCUUCUUCCACCCUUUCGGGCAUACAGAUCGGGCAUACAGAUUACUCUGUGCCCUACUUCAGAAACCAGCCAACGAGAACUCUCUUCGUAAUAUGUGGAUCAUAAUAUGGACAAAAAUGUACAAUUACAGAAAAGAGUUACAUUGCCAGGUCUUUUUUAGCGUACAAGCAAGGAAAUGUGGGGUAACUGAAAUUGAUGAUGAUGAGUACCACUCCUGCUUGUUACAAGAUAUUUUUCUUUCCAGAUAUAGAUAGGUUGUUACUGUAUAUUUUGUGUAUAUUUUUGUAUAUUUCUUCUUGACCAAGUUAGGGUUAUUUCCUGUUUUUGUAUCUUCAGUUCUUCUAUAUAAGAACAGUUUUAUGUAA